GUGUGUGUGUGUGUGUGUGUGUGUGUGUGUGUGUGUGUGUGAGGGCGGUGUGUUGCCACCUGGCGCCCUUACCUCACUGCCAGCUGUGUACCGGCCCUGUGGCCCCGCCUGCCAUCCUCUGGCUGCCCUCCGCUAGCUGCCCUCUUCUGCCUUCUUUAACGACAGGGUUGACGCAAGGUGGAGGGCGGGGGACGGCGGGGUAUAUCGUUCACGUGUUUGCGUGUACAGGCGAGGGCGGGAAGGGGUGGUGGUGGUGGUGUAGUGUGUGGGUGGUGGCGGGCGUGGUGGUGGUGUUGGAGCCGUGGUGGUGGUGUUGGCCUGGCAUCUGGCGCCAGGAGUGGGCAGGCCGGGCCAGUCGCCAACCACUGGGCGGGACCGGUGCUGCGCCGCCCCUAACUCCUGCUGCCGUAGCAGGCAAGGUGAGGCAGUGACAUGCCGUGUCAUGCCCUGGCACUGUGACUAGAGGGUCAUGGUGCAGUGCAGUGUGCGUCGACAGUGAUCAGUGCAGUGAUGGCCCCCAGGGCUCGGCGGAGAGGGGCACUGCUCCCUUGCGUGUGCCAACGGCAGCCUCACAAUCGCCAAAGUGACAUGAGGCAGGUGGCCUGCUCGCCCACGCCUCCUGCAGCGUGACGUCCGCUGACGACAGGAUACCAUGGAGGGCAGGAGACGACAGGAGAGACGGGAGGGGAAGGACAGGAAGGAUGCAAAGGACGGGAAAACGGGUCAGGCGGCCAAGACGACAACGGCCAAACUGAAGGAGCGAUGGCUGCUCACCAGGAAGACUUGGCGCUACAUGAGCGAUGCCGGCAAGAAACUUUUUCCCGACGGCGUCAACCCACAGAGGACGGAAGACAUUCCUCAGGUAGAAGAACACUUCCAAAAAAUCAACAAUCGCAGCCGCGAAUUUAUUCUGUGGCCUCAUGCGCAGCCGUCCCCGCGCGCCGCGACGCGCAGACGCAAGCGGCUGACGAGCGUCACCUCUGACACCACAGACACCGGCGAAGACUAUGAGGACACGGACGACGACAUCCUCGAUGGCGUCGGAGAGGCCGAUCAUGGCGUCCACGACGUGCUGGGCAUGUCCGCUGGCGAGGGCAUGGUCCCUCUCAUGGGUAUGGGUAUGGCCUCGAGAGUGGGCAUGGGGUCUGGAAUGGCUUCGGGAGUGGGCAUGGGGGCUGGAAUGGCCUCGGGAAUGGGCAUGGGGGCUGGAAUGGCCUCAGGAGUGGGCAUGGGGGCUGGAAUGGCCUCAGGAGUGGGCAUGGGGCCUGGAUUGGCCUCUGGCGUGGGCAUGGGGGCUGGAAUGGCCUCGGGAGUGGGCAUGGGGGCUGGAAUGGCCGCGAGUUCGAGUGUAGGAGCUGCUAGUUCGAUUCCAGGAGUAGCUGGAUGUCCAGGCACGAGCUCUGGUAUGUACAUGGGCGCUAGUAACUACGGUCCAGCAUUCCAGUUGCCCCACGCUGGAAACCUGCCCCCUGGGGUCUACCCUAGCCUUCCCGUCGUCGCGGGCCAGACGCGAGAACGACUACUAUCCGUCGGAGAGCUCAGGUACGACUUGCCUCCUGAGGUGUACCAGCAGUUGCUGCGCAGUUUCGGUUCCUGCAACUUGCAACACGUCGCCUCUCGUCUUCUGGAAGAGCAAUUGACUGAAGAAGACGAGGACGAUGAAGACCUUCUCGAGAUGUAUAUCCCUGGCACUCGUAGUGUCGGGUGUCAGACCGACCCGCACCUCGACAUGUGUGUGCAGACUGACGACGACGCCACGGCCGAAGACAUGGUUAAGGUCGGAGCAGAGUCGCGCAGCGUCACGGAGGCUGCCGCAGCAGAAGCCCAGGCUCAGGCUCGGGCUCAAGCGCUAGCUCUCCAGCAGGCGCAGGAAGCAGCAGCAACACCAGCUACUCCAGAGGCAGGUACUAGCAACACCUCCAUGCUCAAGAAGCUGUGGCAGAGACGGGAAAGUGCGGCCAGUGCUCAUAUUAAAUCGGAGGACCACCUGCAGCAGACGGCGAAGGAUGCGGCAGCAGCCAAAAAGUUGGCCUCGGACAAGGAUCGCGAAGCACAGCCUCGGAAAGGCGUGGUGGCCGCCAAACUUGCCUGGGCAGAGAAGACGGCGGCCGCUGGAGGAGCGCCCUUAGGGCCUCCGGGACAGAAAACAAAGCAGGAAAAAACACCAGAAAAGAGCAAACUAAAAAAUGUAUUUAAAUUAGGUUUAAAAUGUGAUAUUGAACAGGGUGGCGGGUCCCUCAAAAAGACAGUCGACAAAACAAAAAUCGAUAAGUUUAAAACGGUAAAUUACGACAAAACUCUGCGUAAUAUAAAGUCCAAAUGGGUUCCAAGCUCGGAACACGAAGACUUCUUGAAACAAUUCCAAGUCAAGGAGGAAAAGAAGGUCAAGAAGAAGGCAAAGGGUAUCCAGGUUGGUGACCCUUUGCCGCAUUUCAUCCUCGCUGGAUUCCGUAUCAACGUCCCAGUCGAGAUCAUUCGCCAACGUCGGAAGUCGCGCAGAAAGCUCUCGAAGGCCGACUCCAGCGACUUUUCGAGCAGCGAGUGUUCGAUGAGCAUCCCGUCGUCGCUGCCCACGUCACCGCGGUACUCCAUCACCGUCACCGACGACAUGGGCACGCGGGAUAUGCUCGUCUCUGAGGCCGAGGCCUUCCGGAUUAGCCAGAUGGGCGCCCACAUUGUAUACAAACGCUCCAGUAUAGACGCAUCAGUCGACACCAGUGAAUUUGAGGUGGAAGGCAUCGCUGGGGGCCUGCCGCAGUUCCAGCGGUCCAUUUCGGCCCUCCAGGCAUCCGGCCACCUGGCCCAGAUGCUCUAUCAUCUGAGGAGCCGGUCAUCACAUCCACAGGUCAACCCAGGUCAGGGCGGUCAUCGAGGUAGUCAGGGGCUCCUACAGUCUCUUCUUCCUGCAGUGAUGCAGAGGACGCGGUCCGGGGGCAGUGGCCACGCGUCCAGACUGGUGGCCAAGAAGAUCUGGCGGGCCAGGUCCAAGAGCCAGUCCAGAGCCUCGGCCGGGACCACGUCCAUCUGGACCCCCAUGGGCCGGAACACGUGGUCGUCCGUGACGGGACGGGUGGUGACCCUGGAGACCUCCAGCCUCCUGCAGCUGACCGAGCUGGAGCGACUCACCGUCCAGCAGCUGGCCAUCGCCAAGCUUCAAGCCCUCAACCUGGGCUGUCACAUCCGGCUCCCCAGAGAACACAGCGCCGGGGCGGUACAGAAGAAGAGACGACCUUACCUCCUCAAGCGGAAGGCGCUGACGACCGGGUUCUUCGACUCCAAGAAGGACGACUCGAAAGAUGGCGUGGAAGGGGGAAUGGUGUUCGGGCUGCCGCUCGCCAAGUGCCUGGAGAACGAGCGGAGCCGCAGCAGGGAAGCGGCAGAGAGGGCCACAGCCGCAGCCAUCGCCGCAGCCGCUACCUCGGCCGCUAUGGGUAUACAGGCCGAAGAGGUCGAGCCUUCCUUCAGUCGCAAGACCUCGCGCGCGGGCUCCCACGCCUCCUUCUCUUCUCUCAUCGAAGGCGCAAAACAGUCGUCGACGGGUUCGUUGGAGAGUCUCAACUUGGAGAGGAAGAGACCGAGUCUGGUGGGGGCGGACCUGUUACCUCCCGGGCCGCCCACGCCGGACCUCCUGACGGUGGAGCCCAGCCCGCAGAUCCCUGGCCUCGUCACCAUGUGCUUCAGACACCUCGAGACCAACGGCAUGCACACCCUCGGCAUCUUCAGGGUGUCGUCCUCCAAGAAGCGGGUCAGACAGCUGCGUGAGGAGUUCGACAGUGGGCGGGAGGUGUGGCUGAGCGCCGACCAUUGCCCGCACGACGUGGCUACUCUCCUGAAGGAGUUCUUCAGGGACCUCCCGGAGCCGCUGUUGACCAGGGAGCUCUACGAACCCUUCAUCAAGACACAAAGUGCGUCGGCAGAGAUCCGCAACCGGAGACUGCAGUUUGAGGCGCUGCAACACCUCAUUCAACUGAUGCCAGCUGCCAAUCGCGACACCCUCUACUCCCUCCUGAACUUCCUGGCCAUCGUGGCUGAGAAUGCUGGCGACCAACAGACUAGUACUGGAGAGACCAUACAAGGGAACAAGAUGGACAGCAGUAACUUGGCAACUCUCUUCGCGCCGAACAUCCUUCACUCGGUCAAGCCCGGCACGGAGCCCAUGUCCAGCACGGAGAUGGCCACGCACGCCGAGGAGCGCAUAGAGGUCAUCAAUGUGGUCAGGAGCAUGAUUGACCACAACAAGCACCUGUUUGAGGUGUCAGCUGAGCUGCUGGACGAGACCUACCAACACCUGAUGGAUACACACCCAGAGUCUCUGGACCUCCUGUUGAGACGUCGCUUCACAGGACCUGAUGAUCGUGGCCAGCAUCUCCAGGAGUUGUUAGCGAGCCUCUUGGCACCUCACCGCCCUCAGAGCUGUCCCUCCACUGUCAGACAGGACCUGGAGCUGGAGACCGGCAGCAGCGUGUUCGGCGGGAGCGAGUGUUCGAGCUCCCUACCCCGCUCCCCGACGGACGCCUCCCACCAUCACGACUUUGAUCGGUUGCGUAUGAACCUGGAGGAGAGUGAGGGAGCGCGCGCGCGUCGGCAGGAGGAAUCAGUCAUCAUGGCCGUUCAGGACCAUUCUGACAGACGCCGGACCGACGGGGAGGAGGAAGGCCGAGGUCCCUGGAGGGACAAGAGCACAGCUGAGAUGCCCAUGGCGGGAGAGGAACGAGGCUGGUUCAGGAAGCGCGACAAGAGUUCAUCGCGCGAGCUGGACCGCGCCAGUGAAGAACGACAGCCGGAGAAGUCGCGAUGGUUCAGGAAGAGAGACAAGAGCUCUUCCCGAGGCUCUGAUGACAGGAACGCGCGACGGGAGGAGAGCGAUCGCCGACAGCGCGAAAAGACGAAGAGAAGAGAAGAAGCCUCAGGUUCGGACAGAAGACGAGACGGGGCGGGGAAGCCUGUGGUGGGGUCGAGGGCGUCUGGGGACGGGGCGGUGGACUGGGAGGAACACACAGGUUCUCAGGAACGGUUGCGUGUCCCUGAGCCUACAGUGCGCAGGUUGUCGUCACCUGAAAUUGAUAGUUCUCGAGUGAUAACUGCCUCGUUACGUAUUCCGGUGCCUUUAGGUCAAGGUGGCCCUCUGUCCUUCACACAAGACACUGAAAUUCCGUAUAUUGAAGAUGACGAUAAAAAAAACCGCCAUAGAAAUUCUCCGUAUAAGACGAGUGGCGGGUGUACCCGCAGCGACGUGACCCGCCAACGGUCCGGCAGCAGCGACUCCUACCUUGGGCAGCCCAUCACAGGAACCAUGAGCUUCCAACCCCUGACCAAGAAGAGCGGCGACAAGCAGAGUCACGACUCCGUCCUCUCGUCGUCCUCGGCCGACGUGUUCACGCUGUCGCCGUCACCACGCAACACGCCCCUCUCCGACCUGUACGCCUCGGGCACGUCCUCGCCGCUCAGUCGACCAGGAUCACCCCCACACUGGCUCAGUCCGGACUCUGGUACACCAGGUCUCUCGCCUCCAAACUCUCCUCCUCUACAACCUAAACGACGAGGCGACAUGCGGAACAAUCCACUCGCUCACUCUGUCACUCACACCUUUGGCUCCAAGCCCCCAACCACGCCAGCGAGGGGUAAAGCUUCACCCACAGCUGCUUCACAAGGGUUGUUUCCCAUAGGGCGCUCUAAAACAGCAGAUAUCAUCAAAGUUGAUCCGAGCCACAGCGACGCAAGAGUCGUCGGCCACGACUCUGCCGAAAGCGCUGGUCGUCGUAGUAGUCGUGGGGAGGAGGCGUCUGGAGAAGGAAAGACACAGAGGGAGUCUGGCGGUCGACGCUACGUCCGACGAAGGUAUACAGGGGAACGCCACGUAACGGGACACCUGCCUGACCUGAGUGGCGCCUCUACCAGAGAGUCCCAGCCCUCGGGGGAAGGUCAGACACAACUCUGGAAGCGAUGGGAAAUCAUUGCCUCAGACCCAACAGAGCCAGAAACAUUUGUAUAGCCACUGAGCCUCCGAAUGGUGUGCGGAGGCUUACUGAACUGCCUCAUCACAGCGCCUCGCUACCUCCACCAUCCAAGAACAAUGCUCGCACUACUACCAAGGCUCGCUAGCAUCUAGUCACUCGAGUACCUUUUCCAUGGUGAUAGUGGGAUACCUCACAGCAACACAGUGCACACAGAAAGCAUAUCCUGUGGAACAGUCUAUCAGGAACCAGUCUAGUCAGUCUCUGGACACGUUCGUGGACUCUCCAGAGAAAAAUCACGAAAAUAAGUACAGAGGUCAGUGUAUAUAUAUAUAUAUAUGUAUGUAUAUAUAUAUGUCCGGAUAUGGUAGUUACACUCAAACACUAAGUGUAUGUGCAGUUACUGUAAUUACUCACCUGUGCUGUACCCUUUCUGCUGUUAUUGUAAUUGUGUAAUUGUUUAAUACUACAAUGGUGUUAAUUCACUUUCUAUGUCAGCUGUGAUUGUUGAGAAAGUUCCCAAGUUCGUAAGUCACUUUUGUGAAUUAAAACUUUUAUAUAAAAUCAAUGUACAAUGCAAAGAACAACGAUAUAUUUCUGAUGGUAA